UGGUGCUUAAAAGGCAGGUUGCAUGCAAAGAAAAUCACCCAGAAACUUGAAUAAUCAUCUACUCGGACAUGGCAGACGUUGACCUCGCCACCAUCGCUGGCGUACGAAGAUACUUGGCUAAUACUCGUUUCGCAUCGCAUACAAUAAACGCGCUGACAGGAGGCUUCGCCAAUUUCACGUACAGAAUAUACCUCAACGAUUUAUUUGAGGGCAAGGAAACACUAGUGCUGAAGCAUGCAGCACCGUAUGUCGCUGCAUCCGGUGGUACGAUGGCUCUCCCUACAGAGCGCCAGAGAUUCGAUGUAGAAGCCUUACGACUCGUCCGCAAGAUGUACGCGGAUGAUGAUGUCAUCACUGUUCCCAAGGUCCAUCUCUUCGACGAAGAAGCCCACGUCAUGAUCAUUGACGAUUGCGGGACGGACACUCGUACGCUGAAACAGCUGGUGAUUGACGAGGCGCUGCCACAGACAGUCGCCGAAGAAAUCGGUACUGCGAUCGGUCGUUUCCUUGGGCGCGUCCAUGCCUGGAACAAAGACACGUCUUUCGACAUGGACAUUUUCAGCAACAACGAAGUGGGCAAGACAAUCUCGAUUUUGGUUACAUAUGGUCGCCUCAUAUCUACGCUUAGCGGCAGAGAUAACAUCGCGGCUUUAGCUGACCCCGGCCUUGACAUCCCUGAGGGAAAACUAGCCGUCAUCUCGAAGCUAGCGGAGACCCGCAGUCGUGAAAUGCUUAGCGCGACAGAGGUGUUGACACACGGAGACUUCUGGCCUGGGAAUAUCAUGGUAUCCCUUCGGAGAGAGCCAGAGGGGAGCACGCUUAGGUUAGAGAAGCUUUAUGUGUUGGACUGGGAGUUGGCGAAGGCAGGUCUUCGGGGACUAGAUAUUGGUCAGUUCUGCGCAGAGAUACUGCUGCUUCAGCGGUUCUAUGCAAGCCGCUGGGAGGAGACGUCCACUAUUAUGAGAUCCUUCCUCUUGGCUUAUAGAGGAGGAAGUGGGUCUGAUGAAGAGCUCGCGAGGGUUGCGAUUGCACAUGUUGGAGCACAUCUGGUUGCUUGGACGCCGCGGGUGCAUUGGGGAGACAAGGAAGACACUAGAAAGAUGGUUGCUGAAGGAGUUGAGUUAUUAAUCGGAGGUGCUGAAGGAACAUUAGCAUGGCUAGAGGGUAGUCUCGUUGGAAACUUGGUGUAAAGCUUUGUCACAAAUAAAGCCGUAAGAGGCCGUGAGUCACAUUUAGCACAUUCGAUUAGCUCGCCGUGCCACUACACCGCUGCUAUUCGACACAGCUUGUCCCUUUUACUUCACAUCAUCCAGACACUUCGACGCCUUUGUUAUCAUGC